AUGACGGAAACUGCUGCGCAAAAGGCUGUCUGCGUGUACUGCGGAUCGUCUUAUGGUGAAAAACCACAAUUUGCCGAGGAGGCCCGCAAACUGGGAUCGCUAUUGCACUCGAUGAAAUGGAAACUUGUGUACGGCGGUGGAACGACGGGACUGAUGGGAGAAAUCGCCAAAGCUGCCAUGGGUCCGGAAGUGGACGGCAAUGUGCACGGUAUUAUCCCAAACGCGUUGGUUUCGAGAGAACGCACCGAGGAACCCUCUGAAAAACACGAAAAGAAGAACUCGGUAUCGUCGUUCAACGAUGAAAUCAAAAAGUCCGUGGACAACCACAACGGUUCUACGCCAUUGAGUCACGAAUACGGAACCACAACCAUAGUGCCAGAUAUGCACACCCGUAAGCGGCUGAUGGCUACGGAAAGUGAUGCAUUUGUCGCAAUGCCCGGUGGAUACGGCACACUGGAAGAGAUUAUGGAGUGCAUCACGUGGUCGCAGCUGGGUAUUCAUCAAAAGCCGGUUGUGUUGUUCAACAUGGAUGGAUUUUACGAUUCGUUGCUAGAGUUUAUCCAGCACUCCAUAAAGAGCGGGUUCAUUAGCGAGAAAAACGGACGCAUAAUCCAAGUUGCAUCCAGUGCGGAGGAGGUAAUUGACAAGAUUCAGCAGUAUGUCGUUCCCGACGGCCGCUUCACGCUAAACUGGGACGAUGAGCACCAAGAGAGCAAAUAA